UAUUUGUUCUUCUGAGCCGAAAACACGUGUCUGUAUUUCAAACUCCAUUUAUCUCUACCAAGAAGCUUCAUUGGAUUCUUAUGGUGCAUUUCAGUGGCUCUCUCUCCCAUAUAUCUCCCAUAUAUAAGUCGCUUUGGAUAAAAGCGUCUGCUAAAUGCAUAUAAACUUCUAAGAGAGAGAGUGCAUGAAGAACAGCAAGAAACUCUUAGGGACAAUUUUCAUUAAAAUGGCAAAAGCUCAUCAAGUCAUGCCAGACCUCACGGACAUCAGCAAAAAAGUAGAAGAAGCCGAGCAUGUGGCUCCAGUCCAAGUUGUCAUGCCAGACCUCACGGACAUCAGCAAAAAAGUAGAAGAAGCCGAGCAUGUGGUUCCAGUCCAAGCAGUCAUGCCAGACCUCACGGACAUCAGCAAAAAAGUAGAAGCAGCCGAGCAUGUGGCUCCAGUCCAAGUUGUCAUGCCAGACCUCACGGACAUCAGCAAAAAAGUAGAAGAAGCCGAGCAUGUGGUUCCAGUCCAAGCAGACAAGUCAGAUCUCAGGAUUGUGAUGAUGGGGAAAACUGGAGUAGGAAAAAGUUCAUCAGGGAACACCAUCCUGGGGAAAAUAAAGUUUGAACAAAAAGAUUCUUUUGAAUCAGUUUCUAAGAAAUGCGUACAACACCAGCAGAUGGUGGAAGGUAGAAAACUCUUAGUGAUUGACACUCCAGGACUGUUUGAUACAUCACUCAGUGAAAAUGAACUGCAGGAAGAAAUAGUACGUUGUAUGCAGAUGUCUGUUCCUGGUCCUCAUGUAUUUCUGCUGGUCAUCAGACUGGAUGUGAGAUUCACAGAGGAAGAGAAAAAAGCAGUGAAAUGGAUUCAGGAGAAUUUUGGAGAAAAAGCCGCUAAUUACACCAUUGUUCUGUUUACUAGAGGGGAUCAGAUAGAUUCACCUAUAAAUACAUUUCUGACAGAAAAUAAACAGAUUGAAGAACUAGUUCGUGAGUGCAAAGGUCGUUAUCAUGUUUUUUAUAACACAGAUAGAAAAAAUCAAUCACAGGUCACUGAACUGCUGGAGAAGAUAGACAGAAUGGUGAUGGAGAAUGGAGGAGUGCAUUACACAAAUGAGAUGUACAAUGAAACUCAGAGGAAAAUAAAGGAAGAAAGUAAUGGAAAACCUAACAGGGAUGCAAGAGAGAAGAAAAAUGGGGAAAAUGAGGAAAACAUGAAAAAAGAUGGAAAGAAGGUUGAGGAAGCUGGACAUGUGGCUUCAGUCCUAGCAGACAAGUCAGAUCUCAGGAUUGUGAUGAUGGGGAAAACUGGAGUAGGAAAAAGUUCAUCAGGGAACACCAUCCUGGGGAAAAUAAAGUUUGAACAAAAAGAUUCUUUUGAAUCAGUUUCUAAGAAAUGCGUACAACACCAGCAGAUGGUGGAAGGUAGAAAACUCUUAGUGAUUGACACUCCAGGACUGUUUGAUACAUCACUCAGUGAAAAUGAACUGCAGGAAGAAAUAGUACGUUGUAUGCAGAUGUCUGUUCCUGGUCCUCAUGUAUUUCUGCUGGUCAUCAGACUGGAUGUGAGAUUCACAGAGGAAGAGAAAAAAGCAGUGAAAUGGAUUCAGGAGAAUUUUGGAGAAAAAGCCGCUAAUUACACCAUUGUUCUGUUUACUAGAGGGGAUCAGAUAGAUUCACCUAUAAAUACAUUUCUGACAGAAAAUAAACAGAUUGAAGAACUAGUUCGUGAGUGCAAAGGUCGUUAUCAUGUUUUUUAUAACACAGAUAGAAAAAAUCAAUCACAGGUCACUGAACUGCUGGAGAAGAUAGACAGAAUGGUGAUGGAGAAUGGAGGAGAGCAUUACACAAAUGAGAUGUACAAUGAAACUCAGAGGAAAAUAAAGGAAGAAAGUAAUGGAAAACCUAACAGGGAUGCAAGAGAGAAGAAAAAUGGGGAAAAUGAGGAAAACAUGAAAAAAGAUGGAAAGAAGGUUGAGGAAGCUGGACAUGUGGCUUCAGUCCUAGCAGACAAGUCAGAUCUCAGGAUUGUGAUGAUGGGGAAAACUGGAGUAGGAAAAAGUUCAUCAGGGAACACCAUCCUGGGGAAAAUAAAGUUUGAACAAAAAGAUUCUUUUGAAUCAGUUUCUAAGAAAUGCGUACAACACCAGCAGAUGGUGGAAGGUAGAAAACUCUUAGUGAUUGACACUCCAGGACUGUUUGAUACAUCACUCAGUGAAAAUGAACUGCAGGAAGAAAUAGUACGUUGUAUGCAGAUGUCUGUUCCUGGUCCUCAUGUAUUUCUGCUGGUCAUCAGACUGGAUGUGAGAUUCACAGAGGAAGAGAAAAAAGCAGUGAAAUGGAUUCAGGAGAAUUUUGGAGAAAAAGCCGCUAAUUACACCAUUGUUCUGUUUACUAGAGGGGAUCAGAUAGAUUCACCUAUAAAUACAUUUCUGACAGAAAAUAAACAGAUUGAAGAACUAGUUCGUGAGUGCAAAGGUCGUUAUCAUGUUUUUUAUAACACAGAUAGAAAAAAUCAAUCACAGGUCACUGAACUGCUGGAGAAGAUAGACAGAAUGGUGAUGGAGAAUGGAGGAGAGCAUUACACAAAUGAGAUGUACAAUGAAACUCAGAGGAAAAUAAAGGAAGAAAGUAAUGGAAAACCUAACAGGGAUGCAAGAGAGAAGAAAAAUGGGGAAAAUGAGGAAAACAUGAAAAAAGAUGGAAAGAAGGUUGAGGAAGCUGGACAUGUGGCUUCAGUCCUAGCAGACAAGUCAGAUCUCAGGAUUGUGAUGAUGGGGAAAACUGGAGUAGGAAAAAGUUCAUCAGGGAACACCAUCCUGGGGAAAAUAAAGUUUGAACAAAAAGAUUCUUUUGAAUCAGUUUCUAAGAAAUGCGUACAACACCAGCAGAUGGUGGAAGGUAGAAAACUCUUAGUGAUUGACACUCCAGGACUGUUUGAUACAUCACUCAGUGAAAAUGAACUGCAGGAAGAAAUAGUACGUUGUAUGCAGAUGUCUGUUCCUGGUCCUCAUGUAUUUCUGCUGGUCAUCAGACUGGAUGUGAGAUUCACAGAGGAAGAGAAAAAAGCAGUGAAAUGGAUUCAGGAGAAUUUUGGAGAAAAAGCCGCUAAUUACACCAUUGUUCUGUUUACUAGAGGGGAUCAGAUAGAUUCACCUAUAAAUACAUUUCUGACAGAAAAUAAACAGAUUGAAGAACUAGUUCGUGAGUGCAAAGGUCGUUAUCAUGUUUUUUAUAACACAGAUAGAAAAAAUCAAUCACAGGUCACUGAACUGCUGGAGAAGAUAGACAGAAUGGUGAUGGAGAAUGGAGGAGAGCAUUACACAAAUGAGAUGUACAAUGAAACUCAGAGGAAAAUAAAGGAAGAAAGUAAUGGAAAACCUAACAGGGAUGCAAGAGAGAAGAAAAAUGGGGAAAAUGAGGAAAACAUGAAAAAAGAUGGAAAGAAGGUUGAGGAAGCUGGACAUGUGGCUUCAGUCCUAGCAGACGAGUCAGAUCUCAGGAUUGUGAUGAUGGGGAAAACUGGAGCAGGAAAAAGUGCAUCAGGGAACACCAUCCUGGGGCAAAUAAAGUUUAAACAAAAAGAUUCUUUUAAAUCAGUUUCUAAGAAAUGCGUACAACACGAGCAGAUGGUGGAAGGUAGAAAACUCUUAGUGAUUGACACUCCAGGACUGUUUGAUACAUCACUCAUUGAAAAAGAACUGCAGGAAGAAAUAGUACGUUGUGUGCAGAUGUCUGGUCCUGGUCCUCAUGUAUUUCUGCUGGUCAUCAGACUGGAUGUGAGAUUCACAGAUGAAGAGAAAAAAGCAGUGAAAUGGAUUCAGGAGAAUUUUGGAGAAAAUGCCGCUAAAUACACCAUUGUUCUGUUCACUAGAGGAGAUCAGAUAGAUUCACCUAUAAAUACAUUUCUGACAGAAAAUAAACAGAUUGAAGAACUAGUUCGUGAGUGCAAAGGUCGUUAUCAUGUUUUUUAUAACACAGAUAGAAAAAAUCAAUCACAGGUCACUGAACUGCUGGAGAAGAUAGACAGAAUGGUGAUGGAGAAUGGAGGAGAGCAUUACAGAAAUGAGAUGUACAAUGAAACUCAGAGUAAAAUAAAGGAAGAAAAUAAUGGAAAACCUAACAGUGAUGCAAGAGAGAAGAAAAAUGGGGAAAAUGAGGAAAACAUGAAAAAAGAUGGAAAGAAGGUUGAGGAAGCUGGACAUGUGGCUUCAGUCCUAGCAGGUAUGUCAUUUUACUUCAAGUGAUUGUUAUUAUGGCUGUCACAGUUAUGAAAUUUGGCUCAUGAUUAAUUGUCUAAGACAGUCGUUCCCAGUCCUGGGGUCUCAUUAUAAAACUCUCUGUAGAUGUCAUCAAAAAAAAUUGUAAAAAAAAAAUGGCACAAAAGCUAGAUUUUGCGUAUGGCACAAAGUUGUCAGAUUUAUAAAACCAUGCGUACGCCAGAACCUGCACAAAAAUUUCUUUAUAAAUUCCAGUCAGGGUAAGAUUGUGCAUACAUGCAUCUCCACCUCAACUCCUCCCCGAAAUCACCAUAUAUGGAGCUUAGAAUUCCUAAUUUUACCAUGCAUAAUGUGAAUUCCCAUGCACGUGACAUCAUGUUUAACCCAGGGACAGUAGGGAAAUAGUAUCCUUGCUAUGUUGUAGAAUAAAUAUGUUGUUACCUUUAUUUUACCAGGAAAUAUUUCCAUUGAGAUUCUGAAAAAACAUAAACAGACAUUUAACCAAACAAAUACACAUUUUGACAAUUUAACAUCUCAACAUGAUCACUAGCAGCACUCAGUAACAGCACUUGUGCAUUUAGUACUCAAAUAGUCCUUUAUCCUUAUUUUAAAUUGUGACAUUGUUGGUAAAUAAGCAAAUUUUAGCUGAUUCUGCAAUUUAUUCCGGGAAAUAGGUGCAAAAACUUCACAGGCAUUUUCACUGAAGACAGUUCGCGUUUGUUGGAUAUCAUAAAUGAUUUGCCAAUAUGAUCUAAGAUUACAUUUCCUGGUAGUGACUUUAGGAGUCAGAAGAGAACAUAAGUAAAGAGGCAGUUUAAAAAGUAUGGCCUUAAAAGGAAAAAUAUUGCAGUGCUCCUGCCUGCGAUUGUGCAGAGAUGGCCAACCAACACUCAUACAAGCUGCAACGAUGAGUACGAAAAUUGGAAUUAGUUACAAAUCUUAGUGCUGCAUGAUAUACUGAAUCCAGCACUUUCAAAGAAGUUUUAUUUGCAUGCAUGUAUAAAAUAUCUCCAUAAUCCAGCAUUGACAUAAAUGUUGCCUUUGAUUCUAUAAUAGAAACUUUACUUUUAGUUUGUUUUGUAGACCCUUUAUAUGAUGUUUGAAGGACAAUUUUUUUUCUAAAAGGAAACCAAGAUAUUUAUAGACUGAUACUCAUUCAAUUACUUUAUCAUCUAGUGUAGCAAUUUGACAAGCAUCAUCUGUUUUCCUAUAUUUAGAAAAGCACAUAAUUUUAGUUUUAUCAGAGUUUUGUACAAGUCUCAAUUUCUAAAGAUUACAAAAUCAGAUUCCAGAUCCUCUAUAGCA